AUGAUUGUUAUUGUGGAAAUUUUGAUUGUGAUGGUGGACAUGAUGUCCCUCAAGAUGAUGUCCCUGUUGUUUCUCCACCUCUACGACUUCGUGAUGAGAAUGAUACUGGACAGGCGGCUCUACCACCCCCCCAGUGUCUUGUACGAUGACGGGAAGACACUGAAGGGAAUCGGGACUCUGGCGUCAAAAUCCAGCUUGUCUGCUUAG